AUGUUCUCGUUCAAGAUGUUGCUGCUGGCAGUGUUGCCGGUUAUUCUCCUACUAGGUGUGCAGAAGACAGAUGGUUAUUCUGUGUCGUCGGGGCUUAUUGCGCAAUUCCAGAUUGCGGCUUCGCCAUGGAUUCCGGAGCCGCUGCGAGACUUUGUUAUCUCGAGGCCGAGAGUUACUGUUAAGCAGGGAACGGUGGUUGGUGUGACUUUGCGGGAUACGCUUAAGAAUCCGGUUGAUGCUUUUCGCGGUAUUCCGUAUGCUCUUCCUCCAGUGGGAGAGAGACGAUUUCGUCCUCCAGUCGCAGUUGGGAGGUCAGACGAUGUUUUGGAUGCGAGUCAGCUCGGUGCGAGAUGCCCUGGAAAGCAACUACUGAAAUUCGGCGGCGAUAGUCGCUCCAGCGAGGACUGCCUCACCGUCAACGUAUUCCGACCUCAUGAAACAAACGGGAAGAAACUCCCUGUCGCCAUCUACGUGCACGGUGGUGCCUACAAUCGGGGAACUUCAUCGAUGCACAAUACGGCUUCGAUGGUGGGGUGGUCCGGGGAGCCUUUUGUGGGAGUUAGCUUCAACUAUCGUGUCGGUGCCCUUGGUUUCCUCCCGUCAACCGUUACUGCCGACGAAGGCGUGUUGAACCUCGGACUUCAUGACCAAAUACUGCUGUUUCAAUGGGUGCAAGAAAACAUCGAGGCAUUCGGUGGUGAUCCAUCGCAAGUGACGCUGUUUGGACUGUCCGCUGGAGCGCAUUCGAUCGCGCAUCAUAUCAUGAACCUCGACACACAAGGACUUUUCCACCGCGCAAUUAUCGAAUCUGGAUCAGUCACCUCGCGUGCCGUACAUCCCUACAAUGCACGUCUACACGAGCAACAAUUCGACGAAUUCGUCCAAGAAGCCGGAUGCGCGGACCGUCCUGCCUCGGAGAUAAUGACCUGCCUUCGCAGUCAACCGUCAGAAGCCAUAACCAACGCCUCAUUCACCAUCUUCGACCGAUACAAUCCCAGUGUCCGCUGGGCCUUCCAGCCCGUUAUCGACGAUGAUCUCAUCAAACAACGACCCAUCGAUGCCUGGCACUCUGGGAAGUGGAACCGCAUGCCUAUCCUGACCGGCUUCAACACCAAUGAAGGGACAUAUUACGUCCCAGCGUCGAUGGAAACGUCUGCAGAAUUCACAUUCUUUUUCCAAGCUCUCCUCCCCGCGUACACUGAGAAAGACAUCCAAACAAUCAACAGACUAUACCCCGAUCCAGCACUCGACAUUUCCUCCAUCUACGCCGAGACAAGGAAUAUCUCCGUCGGAGCGCAGUAUAAACGCGUCGAAGCCGCAUACGGACACUACGCAUACGCAUGUCCAGUUAGACAAACAGCAACGCUCGCCUCAACUGGCCAGGAGGAACCGAUAUUCCUUUACCGCUGGGCACUGAACAAAACAGUCCAGGGCGGCGCCAACCACGGCGACCAAAUGGCAUACGAGACGUUUAACUCGGAGGUUCGUGAGAUAUCCGAAUCUCAAGAAGAAGUCGCUGGGAUGCUGCAUGCAUACUUCACCUCGUUUAUAGUCCGGGGUGAUCCGAAUGCGAUUGGCGGGGGAUACGCACAUCGGCCGGUAUGGGAGGCAUACGAUGCAUCGAAAAAAUCAGGAAAGAGAAUCAUGAUCUUCGGCGAGGGAAAUGAUGAACGCGCUGGAGGCGAGGGCAAAGGCGUUGCGGCGACAAUGGCCGGGGAUGAAUGGAGUCGGAGAGAAUGCGAUUUCUGGUGGACGAAGAGUGGGAUUGAGGAUGAGUCAUAA